CAGUCCAAAGAACUGCAAAAGGAGGAGGUUUCUGCCACAGUGCCCCUCUCUCUCUUCCUCACAGAAACCUUCUCACACUAUACACUCACUGCAACAUGUUCCCUCAAAACUGAUUAGCAAUGGCCAUUUAGUUUCAAGGAGAAGACUGGGGAAAGGAGACAUUUUUAAAACAUCUGGAUCUGGAUGUCAGGAGACCCCCCAGAGCUCAAGAAGACCCAAGAAGGGAGUUUUUUAUUGACAGAUGAACUGAAAAACAACCAGAGAAGGAGCACUGAUGGGGCACCAGAGAAGAAGAACAGUGUUUAACUUUGGGAUACGAGUUCCUUCAACACGACCUGAGGAGGAUAAUAUAAUCUGAGAGUGUGUGGGAAGUUGUAUUCAGCUCUGUUUAAGGCGACAGUAGAAAAUACGUUAUGUUGUGUGCGCAGGGAAUUGGUGCCUUGGCUUUUUUCCAUUGUGUAAUAACAGUGACCGCACUGAUAGACUCUGAUGAUGUCAUCACACGAGACGAGCAGAUCUACGUUCUGAUUGGUGCUCACGCCAAAUGUGAACGGAGCAUCCAGGCACAAAUAGCCCAUGUUAAAGAAGGUGACUGCAUCCCGGAGUGGGACGGUAUCAUCUGCUGGCCACGGAGCAGAGCGGGUCAGCUGGUCUCAGUGCUGUGUCCAGAGUAUAUCUACGACUUCAACCACAAAGGCCGAGCCUACCGCCAGUGCGAUGCAUCAGGGAACUGGGAGCAGGUGUCCAGUAUCAACCGCACUUGGGCUAACUACACAGAGUGCACCACAUACUUGACCUCCAACCACAGGAGCCAAGAAGAGAAGGUGUUUGAGAGACUCCAUCUCAUGUACACUGUUGGCUACUCCAUUUCUCUGGCAUCACUGUUGGUGGCAGUCUCCAUCCUCUGCUAUUUCAAGCGUCUCCACUGCACACGCAAUUACAUCCACAUUCACCUCUUCACCUCCUUCAUAUGCCGAGCAGUCAGCAUUUUCGUGAAGGAUGCUGUGCUCUACUCCAUAUCUGAUGACAGUAAGGCUGAGCCUGAGUUCACUGCAGCGAGGCCCCAUAUGGCAGGUUGUAAAGUUGCUGUGACUCUCUUCCUGUACUUCCUGGCCACCAAUCACUACUGGAUCCUAGUGGAGGGGUUGUACCUACAUAGCCUCAUCUUCAUGGCCUUCCUCUCUGACAAGAACUACCUAUGGGCCCUUACCAUCAUUGGGUGGGGCGUUCCUGCUGUGUUUGUGUCCAUUUGGGUCAGUGCACGAGCAUCGCUAGCAGACACACAAUGUUGGGACAUCAGUGCCGGAAACCUGAAGUGGAUCUAUCAAGUUCCCAUACUGGCAGCCAUUGUUGUGAAUUUCCUACUCUUUGUCAACAUAAUCCGAGUGUUGGCCUCUAAACUGUGGGAAACCAACACUGGUAAACUGGAUCCUCGGCAGCAGUACCGGAAGCUGCUCAAGUCCACAUUAGUCCUCAUGCCCUUGUUUGGAGUUCACUACAUGGUGUUCAUGGCUCUUCCCUACACUGAGGUCACUGGGCUUCUGUGGCAGGUGCAGAUGCAUUACGAGAUGUUCUUCAACUCCUCCCAGGGUUUUUUUGUGGCAUUUAUCUACUGUUUCUGCAAUGGAGAGGUGCAAGCUGAGGUAAAGAAGGCGUGGAUGAGACGCAGCCUCGCUCUGGACCUCAAACAGAAAACCAGGAUGACCAGCAGCGGUGGUGGAGGCAGCUGCUACUACGGUGGCAUGAUGUCACACACCACCACGCACAGCGUCAGCUUGUCCGCCGCCAAUCCCAGAGCGCUCUCCUUCAGUGGGAGUGUGGUGGGAUCUGGUGUGGCCACUGGCGGCGGGUCAGGAGUCAGGCCACAACGCCACGCCUCGCUCCACCCACAGGCCGGCCUGCCCGGAUACGUGCCUGGUGACACUGAAACCUCAGGAGUUUUUGCCAGGCAUGUCAGAACCAGCAAAGGAAACCAUGACUCCAAAAGUCAAGGAGCGCCUUCAACUCAAACCCCUGGAGAAGAUCCUGACAGCUCCUUAUCUCUGAAAGAGCUGGAGACCAUUUUGUGACUGUUUGCCAGCUUCAACAAGAAUUCUCUAAAGAGCUCUGAAAAAAUGUAAAGCUGAAUAUCUACAACUCUGUGACAGCUGCUGAGGAAAAUUUGGUGAUGUGGCUGAAAGCUGCAGAACAGCCAUUGAGCAGACCUUGUGGUUUUGUUAGUAACAUUAGAGAUUUGUGGACUUUUCAGUGGGAACACAAACACAUUUUAACUCUGCAAGAUGACACCAAAGGCCCAAAGAAGGAUCGCAUUCACAUACUAAAACCUCAACACUCUCAAGCUAUAGAGACAGCUUUCUGAUGGAUUUCUUAUGGGUCUAGUUACAUGAAUUGUACAUGAUUUUUUGAUGCUUCAACUGAUGUGAAAGAAAAAAUGAAGCUGGAUAAUCUGAGAGAAUGUGAUGCUGCAGAGAGAGGUCAAAGGACAAUCCUGGAUAUGGAAACUGUGAAAUCUUUUUGGUGUUUUUUCUCCCUCUUCAAAUCUUUCCUGUGUUGGAUUUUCCAAGCAAGACAGGCUGACCCCAGUUCAAACUGCACUUAUGUGUGCAUGUGUGUGUGUAUGAGUGAGUGUGUGUGAGCAGCCGCUGUGUCUGAGUCUGCUGUAGUGACCCUCCCUUUUCCAAACAUUGACUUCUAGGUACCAGCCACACAUUCAUGAUGGAGGAAAGAGUAUAAAUAUUACCCCAGUAGUUACUCUAACACGCUAACUGUCCCGCUUUGAUUAUUCUUAAACAUUUAGUUAUGUCUAGACAGGUAGGGACCCUCUACACCUUUGUUGUAGUCCACUGUUGUCUACCCGGCCCUAUUUAUCAGUCUGACAGGGCCCUGAGGCUUUCACCGUGUAACCUCUGCCCUGAAUGCCUUCACGACACCUUCCAGAAUUUCACACAAUCCCCUCGGGCCUCGUCUCGGAGCAAGAGACACCUGAGCUGCUUGUAGAUCUCGAGCCUGAGUGACAAACUUGCAGCACAAGCCGCCAGUAUUCACAAGAUUAACACACAGGAAAUUGCAUCUGUAAAUAUUUUAGGUUUGUUAAUGUGUCCAGGUUGCUGUUUUGUGUUUAUAUAACAUGUACAGUGUAAGAUAAAUAUGAUAAUUUAAUAAAUGUUUUGGGAAUAUGCCUUGAGAGUUGAAAUAAAGUGAAUUGAACUGAACUAAACACACUGGAAAU